AUGUCGGUAACUGUACUGUGGUUCUUUGAAGAUCCAACCAAGUCGAGUCCCAUCACGAUACACCAGACCCCACUGUACGGCCUUGCAUUCUCGCAGUGUGGGAAUUAUGUUCACGGAGAGACACAAUCUCGAGGCUUGAUAAUCGUCAACAUAUCCAAGAACAUUCAGAAAUACCGAACAAGAGCUAGUUCAUGGUCAUCAUGCGCAACUGCUUCGAGCUUAUCAAAAUAUAGUCAGACGGUCGACGUUGAACAAGGCAAAGGUAAACUGACAGAAGUGGGAAAUUACGAGAAAGCGCCCGAAACCCUGGAUUCUGGCAACAUUUCUUUCUAUAAACAAGGGGAACGGCUGCAAAUUUCAGCCAUCAGGCAGCUGAACGGUACGGGAGAGGUGCUACGAAGAGAGAUUUCCAGCGAUGGAAAUGUCGCGGAUCAAUGUCUCACGAGGAUUCCGAUGUGUUCCAACGUUAACCAAAGCUACACAACGGUUCUCAACUCGGACGAAGCGGAAAAUGUAUCAAUGGUUUUAAACAAAUCCAUUCAGGAUACCUACUCGGUGGGAACUACAGCACAAAACAAUUUGCGGCUGCCGCUUUUGAUCACGAGGAAGACAAGCUCCAUACCCCAGCACAGCAGGAAACGACAAUCUCAAAUAGAGCUACCAGGAAGAGAUUCAAAACGAAUCCUUAACUAG